GAUAUAUCUACUGUAUUUUGGACUUGCAUUGUUACUUACAAGUAUAAAUUAGACCACAUGUAAGGUUUUAUUUAAACAACACUCUCUCUUUCACUCCAUCAUCACCACAAUCAUAAUCUCUUCCUUUCUUCCGCGAAUUAUAUAAAACCAUGGCAAAGUCUCUAGCUGGAUUGGCGGUUCUGAUCGCUCUUUUUAUGGCGGUUGAUGCGUUUAGGCCUUCUGGUUUAAUCAAUGGUCACGCCACGUUCUAUGGAGGGAGUGACGCUUCUGGAACAAUGGGCGGAGCUUGUGGGUACGGAGAUCUCUACUCGGCGGGGUACGGGACAAUGACCGCGGCAUUAAGCACGGCUCUGUUCAACAACGGAGCUUCUUGCGGAGAAUGCUAUAGAAUAACGUGUGAUUACGCUGCGGACUCACGGUGGUGCAAGAAAGGAGCUUCGGUUGUUAUUACAGCAACUAACUUCUGCCCGCCAAACUUCGCUCUACCGAGCAACAACGGUGGUUGGUGCAAUCCGCCGCUAAAACAUUUUGACAUGGCACAACCCGCUUGGGAAAAGAUAGGAAUUUACAAAGGUGGAAUUGUUCCCGUCGUUUUCCAAAGGGUAAGCUGUUACAAGAGAGGAGGAGUGAGAUUCAGAAUAAACGGGAGAGAUUACUUUGAGCUGGUAAACAUAUCGAACGUAGGAGGAGCAGGCUCCAUUAAAUCUGUCUCCAUUAAAGGAUCAAAGACUGGUUGGUUAGCCAUGUCUCGCAACUGGGGAGCUAAUUGGCAAUCAAACGCUUAUCUAGACGGCCAGUCUCUAUCUUUCUCCAUUACCACUACCGAUGGUGCUACAAGAGUCUUCCUCAAUGUUGUUCCUUCUUCUUGGUCCUUCGGACAGACUUAUUCUUCCAGGGUUCAGUUUUGAAGACUUUUGUUACGCUGUCUGAAAGAUUCUUGGCAGUGGAUGCGCUCUGAGUCUGUUCUUUUCUCUUUGGAGCGACCCGCCCAGUUUGUUAUAUAUACUCCAUGUAAGAUGUUUUGGUUAAAAUAUAAAGAUUAAAAGAACCUAUUUUAAAGAUAAUCUAAUUUAAAA